AUCAGACCCCAGAGAACGAACCAAUCAGCUCCUCCCCCUUUCUCUCAACAGACCCCACAGAACGAACCAAUUAGACCCCACAGAACGAACCAAUCAGACCCCACAGAACGAACCAAUCAGAUCCCCGCCCGCCCCGCCAUGGCAGCACCUGUACAGAGGCCACCACCGGCUGUUGAUGUCAUCGAGUCCGAGGAGAUUGUCCAGUGGCUGAGCCCGGCCCUGCUGACCAUCGACUACAGCACGCGGACGGUCAAGUCAACGGUUGUCCUCGCGGCCUUCCUCUCCUUCUCCGCCCUCUUCUUCCUGUCUCUCCUCGUCCUCAACGUGUUCCCCUCGUUCCGAGCCCUGCACCGCAAGCACCGCGUCUUCAUGAGUCUGGCUAUCUGCAGGGGCGUGUUCGGCUUCAGCUGUAUUCUUCUCGGAUCUUACGCCAUUUUCAAGUCGACAAAUCUGGACAGAGACGUGGUGUUCGGUCGCAAUGUGACCUCGGCGAUGUCCAUGUACUUCACUGUCGGGUUCUUCAUCUUCGAGCUCGCUGCCGUUGUCAUAUCGGACGUGUGUUUCAAAACCUUCUCCAAAAUGUUGAUAACACACCACGGCUUGGCGUUGCUAGGUUACGGGCUGGCCGUGCAGCUGGAGGCUAACUAUAGCUUCGGGUGCAAGGCUCUGAUCCUGGAGAUGAGCACUCCCUUCUCGUGCUUGUGUUUCGUGCUGCUCAAGGCAGGGAAAGAGAACUCUGUGCUGUGGAAGGUCAACCAGAUGGUGUUAGUUCACAGCUUCCACCUGCGCAGCGUGGCCGAGUGUCACUUGUGGUACGUCACCUACCAGAACUGGGCCUACAUCCAGGACUUCAUGCCCGCCCCCAUCUUUGUCCUUCUCUACUUUAACCUUGUGCUGGUGACCUUUGUGAUGACGCCAUACUGGGGCUACAAGAAGACGCAGCAGCUCUUUAACCCCGUCGACUGGAACUUCCAGGAAAAUAAACACAACACUUUGUCCAACGGCACUUUCAAAAAACAGGUCUAAAAGACCACGUGAUCAUUUGUGUUACCUUGCGACCACUUUACGACAAACCGUGCAACUGUUUCCAAAAUGGAGCUGAUAAAAAAAGGAUGUUCAAAGAAGAAAAACUAAGGGAUUGUUUACUUUAGGACAACUUCACGACAAUUUCACUGACGUAAUGAUAACUUUUCGACGUUUACAACGAUUUUACGGACAUAACUACAACUUGACAAACUGUGUGAUGAGUGUGGGCUUCACUAUGGCCUCAACAACAACAAUUUGUUUUAAAAGAAUAAAUACUUUCUGUAAGUAGUGUAAGAACUGCUUUUACCAAGCUACGUAUUGGCAAACUCGAUGACUGACUUGUCAUUUGGUAGUUUGUGUACGCUCAGUUCCCUCAGCGAGUCCAGUCUGUUGACUUUGUCCCUCGUCAGAUCAAGGGAAACUUCCUACACUCAUGUUAGAUUAGUUAGAAUGGUUGUCGGUUUUGUAUUGAUUUGCAUUUGUUUAUUAAUUGAAGAGAAUCUUUUUGUUAACCUUUCUAUGUUUCUUUUGAAUACUGGUACAAGUGUACAUGUUGGAAUAUUGGUACAAAUGUACAUGUUGGAAUACUGGUACAAAUGUACAUGUUGGAAUACUGGUACAAAUGUACAUGUUGGAAUACUGGUACAAAUGUACAUGUUGGAAUAUGGUACAAAUGUACAUGUUGGAAUAUGGUACAAAUGUACAUGUUGGAAUAUGGUACAAAUGUACAUGUAUUUGGGGGUGUUUUUUUUCAAUUGAACUGAUGGAGGUCGUAGAGUGGAGAACUGGCUGGAUUGAUUUGUUGAUCGUUUGGUUGGUUGGUUGGUUGGUUGGUUAAUUGAUUGAUCGAUCGAUUGAUCGAUUGAUUGAUUGAUUGAUCGAUUGAUUGAUUGAUUGAUUGAUUGACUGAUUGAUUGAUUGAUUGAUUGAUACUCACCAAGCAGUUUGUCAAAGAGACAGGAAGCAUCCUUCUCUUAACUUACAUUGUUCAGCAUACGUCCGUAAAGCACACAAAAUGUGCCAGAUUUCUCGACAGUGUUAUUGUGUUCUGGCCUGGGCUGUUUAUCAUCAUACUCCCCCGGAUGUAUUCCUGGUCUUCUAUAAUUCUUUUGUUUCCUUUCUCUUCUGAUCAGAAGUCUUGUUUUUACGCUACCCUGUAUCACAUUUACUGUUUUUGUUGACGUGGGUGUGUUCAUAUUAAUUUUGUUGCUGUCGUGUUUUGUUGUUGUUGCUGUUACUGUCGGGUGCUGCUGUUGCUGUUACUGCUGUUGCUGUUACUG